GAUUGCAGCAAGGACAGCCUGAUAGAAACCUGUGCUCAACUUGUGUUGUAAACCACUUGCAGCUGUUUUAUGCAAGUACUGUGGCUCUGGAUGUUGUUGAGCACCGCUGUCGUGGCUGCAGGACUGAGUCAAGGGUUAAUGAGGAGAAAAUGUGCUGCACUACACACACAGAUGCCAGAAUUCCAGAAAAAAAAUGUCUACAUUAAGGACCCCGAAAGAGUAGAACAAAUCAUAUGUGGCCUUAUCAAAGGAGGAGCUUCCAAACUUCAGAUAAUCACAGAUUUUGAUAUGACACUAAGCAAGUUCUUCCAUAAUGGGAAAAGGUGUCCAACUUGUCACAAUAUUAUUGACAACUGUAAGUUAAUCUCAGAGGACUGUAGGAAAAAGUUGCUGCAAAUUAGAAAUAAAUACUAUCCAAUUGAAGUUGAUCCUGCUCUUAGUGCUGAGGACAAGUACCCUUUCAUGGUUGAAUGGUGGACCAAAGCCCACAAUUUACUAAUUGAACAAGGUAUUGAAAGGGCAAAACUGGCUGCAGUGGUGAGGGAAUCGGACGUGAUGCUGAGAGAUGGUUAUGAACUGUUCUUCGAUAAGCUGAAUGAACACAACAUCCCAGUCUUCAUAUUCUCAGCUGGUAUUGGUGAUAUACUAGAGGAGAUUAUUUCUCAGGCUGGUGUCUUUCAUUCGAAUGUGAAGGUAGUCUCCAACUUCAUGGACUUUGAUGAAAAGGGUGUUCUGAAAGGCUUUAAAGGUGAGCUUAUCCAUGUUUACAAUAAACACGAUGGAGCCAUAAGAAGCUCUGAAUACUUCGAUCAGCUAAAGGAAAAUUGUAAUAUCAUCCUUCUGGGUGAUUCGUUAGGAGACUUGACCAUGGCAGAUGGUGUUCAAAACGUUGAAAGCAUUCUCAAGAUUGGAUUCUUAAAUAAUAAAGUGGAAGAAAGUUUAGAAAAGUACAUGGACUCCUACGAUAUAGUUCUGGUUAAAGAAGAGACGUUAGAUUUGACGAAUGCUAUCCUCCAGAAGAUUCUGUGAUAUGAGCACUGAAGACAUACAGGCUUGUGGGAGCUCAAAACUGAAAUACUUUAACAUUAAUAUUAUGUAAUUGAACAGCCCCAUUUGUUGAAAAUGCUGUUCAUUCUUCAGCAUCUGGAACUUAAAAUAUUCUUAAAAUUUGCACAAAUGUGUCUGCAGUGAAUAAAGGGAAUAAUACCUCUUCUAAGAUUGGCAGUUACGUCAGCCACAAGCAGAUUUUAAACUACCUCUAGAUGUAAUAGUUUAAAUUCUGGCUUUAACAUUUCAAAGCAUCUCCAUGUGUAGUUUUCAGUAUAUGUUCUUUGAGAGUGGAGUAUUGUAAGCUUGAUGUACUGUGGCUAAAUUGCCUGUGAACAACUAUUGCAAGUUCUAUACAAAAAAACAAGCAUUCUGAAACAGUUUUUAUAAUUUUUCAAACAUUUUGUAGUUGUAGAUAAGUGAGGAUGCUCUUGGUGUGCUUGGUCACAGCUUGUGUUGCCUAUUGAACAUUGUCAUCUGCGUAUUUUAAAAUGAUGUACCUGAGAGAAAUUGUUGUACAGUACAUUAAAGUUGGGAGAGUUUUUAAAAACA